UGGCUCAAUUGGGCCGACCAAACAAGCCCACGGCUCUUUCUUCUCGCGAACGACUGACCACACAAGCCUAACACCACCGCCGCCGCUCCCUGCUCCAUUCCCCUUACCAAACCCUCGCUCCACCAGACGACCUGUGCGGCCUGCCGGCGACAACGCUCGAGCAGCCGAGCCGCAAUGCCCCCAGGAGGAGGAGGAAGAGGAGGAGGAGGAGGAGAAGAAGGAGGAGGAGGAACGGGCGAACAAAGAUUCCGAGAGCAGGACCACCCACCGGCGACUGGCCACGAGUGCCGCGACGAGGAGGCCCCAUCCCGUUCGCCGCCGACGCCGUUGCUGCCUUACCUCGCUGUCACUCCGGUCGCCUCUCAGAACAAGAAGAUAAAACGGGAGGCCCAGGAUGAGCAGCAGGGGGAGGAGGAAACCCCGGCGAGCUUCCCGGAGGACGUUCUCGUUGAGAUCCUUUCGCGGGUGCCCUACACCUCGCUCUUCCACUUCAAGUGCGUGUCCAAACAAUGGCUCGCCCUCUGCUCCGACCCCGGAGUCCGCAAGAGGUCGCCGCAGACCUUGUCUGGUUUCUUCUUCUUCAAUCUCGGUUGGCGUUUCCAGAAUUUGUCCGGGAAAGAUCCUCCCAUUGUCGACCCCAAUCUCCGUUUCUUACGCGGCAGCUAUAAGUAUUUCAGCAUCCAACAGUGCAGCACCAGCCUUCUCCUUUGCAAAUGCUGGACAUCCCGCCGUCCUAGGCAAUACGGUUGGAAUUUUGUCCCGAAUCCAGGGCCGGGGCAAUGUUUUAAAUGGCCUGAGGCUAAGGAAUUCGAUUAUGUUGUCUGCAAUCCUGCUACUCAUCAAUGGACUGUGUUGCCUCCUAUAGAAUUGCCUGACGACCUUUCGCGUUUCAGCCUAGGCAAAUACUUCUUGAGCUUUGACCCGGCCACCCCGUCCCGCUUUGUGGUGUUUGUGCCCCUGACACAUAUUAUGAAUAUGGCCUGUCCGCGGCCAUGAUCUACUCAUCGGAAACUGGAGGGUGGACUUCAAUGCAGAGUCAGCACAAUGAUAGCAGUGCAUAUUGGGUUAGUGAUUCAGAAAGCACCUUCCUAAAUGGCAUUAUGCAUUUCCCUACUCGAUCUUCGUCAAUAGUCACAGUGGACAUGAAAAGGAAUGCUUGUGUCAGGUGGUAGGUGCGACAUAUGCCAACGAGUGGCUUAUCAUUGUGGGAGC